AUGGGCUCUUAUGGAGACACUGUUGCCAUCCUCGCCCCCUUUGAGGAACUAACUAAAAAAGUGAGCAGCUACGACGCACUAGCCUCUGAUGUCAUCCCAGCUGUGACUGUGCUAGUGAGACUUCUAAACAGAGAAACAGACGAGGACCACGGCGUCAAGACAAUGAAAGCAACCUUACUGGCAGCUGUCAAGAAGCGCUUCAGUGACGUCGAGACCAACCCACUGUACUUCAUCUCCACCAUACUUGACCCAAGGUAUAAAGAUCGCUUCUUCUCCAACAACACUGCUCCAGAGGCCAAGCUGCACCUGAAGCAGGAGCUGCAGAUUAUGUCCAGAGCUGAGGCAGAGGGGAGUCGGGCAGAAACUGCAGAACCUCCUACUAAACUGUUCAUCAAGGCCCAGGCCAGCACUAGUCUGGACACUGUAUUUGACGAAAUCGCUAAGGAGCAGCCCCAGGCAGCACAGCCGCUGGCAGCAGGUGCUGCCAUUGAGCUCGACACAUACCUCGGAGAGGCCCCAAGCCCUCGCAAAGACAGUCCUCUGAAGUACUCGGGUGUCAACAAAAUCAGGUUCCCCACUUUGGCUAAAAUAGCCCGUAAAUACCUCUCAGCCCCAUGUAGCAGUGUGGAAAGUGAAAGGCUUUUUAGCUCAGUGUCACACAUUAUAGAUGAAAACAGAAACAGUCUGACUGCUGAUAAUGCAGAAAAGCUACUUUUCUUAAAAAAAACCCUGCCACUCACUUUUUCCUCUCCAUUAAGUGAGUAGUCUUAGACCUGAUGUUAAUACCUACCUCAGUUGCACUGACUGCCACAGUUCUAUGUUGGUGGAUGUUGUUAGUUUAUUCAAAUAUUGUGCACUAAAUAGCAAAGAUGUUUAUUAAUGCCCCUUGUGUUGUCCAAAGCGGCAGAGUUUACUAUAAACUGAAAAAAAUACUUGAGUUGCACUAUCACUGUUUACAUUUUUUUUCACAAUUAUUUAUUC